GAAAGAUAUUCUACAUGUAGUGUUUACGAACAUUGAGAUACUUUUCUGUAUGGUCUUAAGUGCCAAUGGGACCAGCUGAUCCAAUUUUGGGAGUGGCUGCUCAAUUCAAAGCUGAUCCAAGCACAUAAAAAGUAAAUCUAAGUAUUGGAGCUUAUCGUGAUAAUGAGGGAAAACCAGUAGUACUUGAAUCAGUGAAGAGAGUAAUAAAUUAUAUAUAUGAUAGGCUGAAUAAAUAAUAAAAGAGAAGAAAUUAGAUAAUGAAUAUCUUCCAGUUGAAGGACUUCAAUCCUUUAUUGAUGCUUCAAUAAAAUUAGGAUAUGGAGACGCUUAUUAUGCUUAAAAUGGGAAAAGUAUUGCAGGAUGCUAAGUUUUGAGUGGAACAGGUGCAGUAAGACUAGGAUUUGAAUUUGCUAAAAAAUUCUUACCAUAAGGAACUAAAGUAUAUAUGCCAAAUCCAACAUGGCCAAAUCAUCAUAAUAUUGCUAGAAUGGCAGGAUUAGAAAUUUUAGAAUAUCGUUAUUUUGAUCCAAAAACACGUGGAGUUGAUUUCUCUGGAUUAGUAGAAGAUUUAAGCAAAGCAUAAAAUGGAUCAGUUAUUUUAUUCCAUGCUUGUGCUCAUAAUCCAACUGGUUGUGAUUUAACCACAGCUUAAUGGACAAAAUUAUUAGAUUUAUCUAAAUAAAAGAAUUUCCUUCCAUUCUUUGAUAUGGCUUAUCAAGGUUUUACAAGUGGAGAUGUAAAUAAAGAUGCAGAAGCAGUUAGAUUAUUUACAAAUUAAGGAGUUCCUAUUGUUUUAGGAUAAUCCUUUGCUAAAAAUAUGGGAUUAUAUGGAUAAAGAACAGGAUGUCUUAGUUUUGUAUGUGCUAAUUAAUCAGAAAAAGAUAAAGUUGUUUCAUAAUUGAAAUUAUUAGCCAGACCAUUAUGGUCAAGUCCACCACUACAUGGUGCUAGAGUGGCUGAUAUCAUACUUAAUACACCAGAACUUAAUUAAUUAUGGUUAUCGGAAGUUAAAAUGAUGGCAGAUAGAAUUUAAUAUAUGAGAGUAAGUUUAGCAAAUACUUUAAAAAAUCUAGGCUCUCCACAUGAUUGGUCUCACAUAUCUAAGUAAAUUGGUAUGUUUGCUUUUACUGUAUUAUUUAUAUUCAUAUAUUUAUAUAGGGUGUUGGUCCAGAUCAUGUUAAGGAAUUGAUUGCUAAAUAUCACAUUUAUUUAUUAAGUAGUGGAAGAAUAUCUAUUGCUGGAUUGAAUGAAGGAAAUGUUAAGUAUGUUGCUGAAGCAUUCCAUGAUGUCACCAAGAAUACAAAAUUGUGAAGUAUUAAUGAAUUAUUAAUAUAACAUCAUUAUUACAUUUUU